AUGUUCUCCUUCUUGACCUCCAGUAAGAAGACCGUCGUUCGCAACCGCGAGCUCGGUCCCGGCGGAGUCCACCUCAAGGACUACGGCAUCCCCGGCCGUACCAACCUAGUCGAGGCCCUUUCCGAUAUGGAGGAAGAGGAAGAUCGAGUUUCUGAUCACCUUGAUGACAACGAUGUCUGGGUCAACCUGGAUGUCCAGAAGGACACCAUCAUGGCCGCCCUUCAGCCCAAGUCUAACGUCCAACUCAAGUCCGGCGUCACUGUCAAGGCUACUGACGAAAUGGUCAAUGAGCUUCAAGCUUGCAUCAUUGAGGACUACUUCACUGAGGAAGCAAUCCAGCGUCGAGCGGCCGGUCUCAAGGACUCGGUCCACAACUGGUUGGAGGGUGUUGACGACUCGGAUGUUGCCAACGAGUCCAACGACUCAUCUGAGGAUGAGCACUCUGUCUCUUCAAAGCAGUCCAUUGGCGCGGAGGCCAACGUCUACCAACUCCCCAAGUCUGAGUCCUUCCUCAAGACCAAGUUCAACGGUCCCGUCUACGACAAUGAGAAGCGACUGACUGCUUUCAACGACCGCAUCCUUUCCUCCGCUGUCUACUGGGGAAAGGUCGACGAUGAAUCUGACGACGAGAUGCCCGCUUUCUUCAAGCCUAGCAACUAA